AUGGAGGAAGAUGACAAUAACAAUGACGACGACUUUGACCCUGACAUGGAGAGCGAAGAAGAUAGUGCACUUGCCGCUAUGAUGCGUGAUGUCCAGACUGCCAAGAAUGCUAGGGAUAUUGCAAAACUGAUGGACUCUACAGAAAUGAAAUCUAUUUUGCGGGAUAUUGCACAUUACAAAACUGAAUCAAAGUCAAAGGAAUCAGAAGUCUCGGGCAUGGUUGAAGAUGAUCCAGAAUAUCAGCUUAUUGUUAAAGCCAAUACGAUUACAGUCGCCAUUGACAAUGAAAUCCUUGUAGUUCACAAGUUCAUCAGAGAUCAUUAUGAACCCAAGUUCCCUGAGUUGGAGACUCUUGUGGCUAAUCCCCUGGAUUAUGCAAGGACGGUUAAAAGGAUUGCAAAUCAGGAAGAUAUCACCAAGGUGGAGUUACACGACAUCUUGCCUUCAGCAACUGUAAUGGUAGUUGUCGUUACAGGAACUACAACGGAAGGAAGGCCAUUGACUGAGAGCGAGUGGCAAGCUUGUGAAGAUGCAUGUAACCUAGCUUUGGAUCUCGAGAAAGCAAAACAAACCAUCAUUGAAUAUGUCGAGUCUAGGCUAACAUUUAUCGCACCUAAUCUUUCAGCAAUCAUUGGAACAGCAACGGCUGCAAAAUUGAUGGGUCAAGCUGGUGGUCUUACAGCUCUCAGCAAAAUCCCUGCAUGCAAUGUUCAAAUCUUGGGCAAGGAUCGAGUGUUGAACAGUGCGCUUUCCUCUGCAUCACAGGCCAAGCAUGUAGGGUUUAUCUACAGAUCGCCAUUUGUCAUGGCCAUGCCAGUCGAGGUCCGAAAGAAGGCGCAAAAGAUGAUUGCAGCAAAGUUGUCUCUUGCUGCGAGGAUUGACCGUAUGCAUUCAUAUCCGGACGGAUCAUGGGGCCGUAAAGUUAAAGAAGAGAUUGAGAAAAAGAUUGAGAAGCUUUUGGAGCCUCCACCAUCGAAGAAUAUCAAGGCUUUGCCUGCACCUUUAGAGGCACCCAAGAAACGGCGUGGAGGUCGGAGAGCACGGAAAGAAAAGGAACUUUAUGCAGUCUCUGAGAUGCAAAAGCUCAAGAACAGAGUGGAGUUUGGAGUUGAAGAACAGGAAAUUAUGGGCUAUGGUACGACAGAAGGACUUGGAAUGUUGGGACAAAACCAUUCAGGGCCUGGUACAGGUGGGCGCAUCAGAGCAGCUCAACAGAACAACAGAAACAGAGGCAAAAUUUCAAACAGGAACGCAGCGAGGUUGGCGCAGUAUGGAGCCAAUGCCAAUGCGAAUGGCUUGGCGACUGCAGGAACAGCAUCUUCCAUUGCUUUUACACCUGUGCAAGGAAUUGAGUUGGUUGAUCCUACAGCAGCAGCAGCCAAGAUUAAGGCAGCGAACGAGAAGUAUUUUGGCAGUGGCGGCUUCUUGAAAGUUCAGGGCAAGAAAUGA